AGAUGGUCAUUGAUUGCUGCAAGGCUUCCGGGUAGGACAGCGAAUGAUGUGAAGAAUUAUUGGCACACACACCUACGCAAGAAGACCAUUGUUUCAAAAAAAGAAGAAAACAAAGAAAAAGAGAAACCUAAGGAAACAAUGAAACCUCACGAAAUUAUUAAACCUCAACCUCGAACUUUUUCAUCUCAUUCACUAUGGUUAAAUGGGAAACAUAAUUUUUUGAAACCAUUCAUGGUUUCAAAUAAAGAUGGUGAUAUUGCAAAAGAUAGUGAGAGUAUGGUACCAAUUGGUGAUGGUGGAGAUUGUUCUACAAUGUCGGCCAUGUGGUGGAAGAGUUUAUUGCACGUGAAUGAUGACAAAAUUAAUGAGAAAAUUGGCUCAUGCUCUUUAUUACAAGAUGAUCCAACUUUGGAGCUUCCAAAUCUUGAAAAUUUUUUAAACGAAGACCCUAGUGUCAGUGAUUGCUAUUGGGGUUCCAACAACCCUUGUGAAUUUGAUUCCAUUUUAGAUUUUUUAAAUUAAGAUUUAGAUACUAUGUUUAGUGGCAGCAAUAUUUUUAAAUCUAAGAUAAAAAUAAUAUGUCUUAGAUUUAACGGUUUUGCCGCUUCGGUUUUAUGCGGUAGCGUGUUUCAUUGGAUCAAACUAAAAGUUGGGAUAAGUAAAAAAUUUAUUACUCA